GACUUAGUUCACGUGACUUGUUCGUUUAUACAAUUGUGCAAUGGCUGACGAUCAAAACGCAGAACAGCAUGACUCUGAGUUGGAUGAGCUCUUAGCAAGUGCUCUUGAAGACUUUGACCAACCUGCCAAAGAUUGUGCAAGUAAACCAUCUCGACAUGAUCCCAGUCUCAACAUUGAAUCAUCAGUAGAUCCACCUCAUACAGCAAACCCUGGCCAUGCUGACAGUCAUGAUCCUAUAGAAAGUCUUCUUAGUGAUGAGAUGGCAAAGAAGGCAACAGAAGAACUGGACCAUGCAAUGAAGAUGCUGGUGGGCGACAACCCAGAGAUGGCGAAACAGCUUGAACAAUUUGCUCACAGCAUGGAGGAAACGAUGUUGAAAUUACAGCAGAGUGAAGAGCAGAGUGAAGGAGAUGAGUGUUUAGAUACGAAGAGUGACGGCAGGGAAGAUGGUCAGAGUGUGAGUGGUGGGAUGACUGGGCAAGAGGCGAAAGCUGAGGCAUUGAGUAUUGAAGAGAACUUGGCACAGACAGUGAGAGAGUUGGAAAAGAAUGCUCAAGAUAUGAAGAAUGCUAAAGUACCAAGUGGUGUUGAAGACCUGCUUGGUGCAAUGUCUGGUCUUCUGCUCGGUGGGAAUGAUCAGGAAUUGGCAGGUGAUGAUGCCGCUUCUGCUGAGGGACUGUUGCCAAUGAUGCAGCAAAUGAUGAAGAACUUGUUGUCAAGAGAUGUGUUGUAUCCAACAAUGACCGACAUUAGAGACAAGUAUCCAGCUUGGUUAGAGGAGAAGAGAGGUCAUGUAGCUGAUGCUGAGUAUGAAAAACGGGAGAAGCAGUAUCGAAUUGUUAGCGAAGUGUGUAAGGAAUUUGAAGCCGAGGAAGAUGGAGAAACACAAGAAGUCAAACAUGCAAGAUUUGAGCGAGUUUUAAACCUUAUGCAGACAAUGCAGGAAUGUGGACAGCCACCACCCGAGAUUAUUGGAUGUGGACCUGAAAUUGAUUUUGACGCAUUCGGAAAGCCCAAGUUACCGGGACUAGACCAGUGCUCAGUGAUGUAGUGUACAUACGGGGUACUCGUAGAUACGGGUACUUCGUGCGAAAUAGUUUCAUUACGAACUGUGCAUACCAGGUACUCGUCAUUUGUACUACUUUGCGUUUGACAUUGUCAAUACUGUAAACAUUGGACUUAUGGAUUAAUUUGUUGAAAACCUUCCGCC